AGCAGAAUAUAAAUUGCAGCAGCUUGCACCCAGAGUAUUGGACCCAGUUGAGGUGAAACCUGAUUGUUGGAGACGGACACAGUCGGAGACAGGAUGAAACCCUUCAUUCCAGUUGUGCUUGUGAUGUGCAUUUACCUGUCAGGAUCGGUCAGUGCAGGCUUGAACGGGAAAUCAUUGAUAUUCGACAAGAAAACCAACACCGAUUUCGUCAGGUUUCAUGCAGCAGACUUCUCCAGUUUGACCGCCUUUACCGUCUGCCUCAGGGCAGGCUCAGAAAUUGGAAAGGGUUACAGUUUGUUCACCUAUGCAACACAUAAUUAUAAGAACGAACUGUUGUUGUGGCAAAGGUCAAGGUCACAAAUAUGCGUGUAUAUAUCAAACAAGGCAGUUAUGUUUACCCUUGCAGAUAUGACUGCUACACUGAGACGCAUCUGUGUGAGCUGGGAGUCUAAAGGGGGUGAGACAACAGUCUGGAUCAAUGGGCAACGCAGCAUACAGGAGAUUGCUGGAAAGGGUCGGGUCGUGGGAGGGAAUGGUCAGUUUACUCUUGGUCAGUAUCAAAGCUCAGUUGGUAAACCUUUUAAUAAAAGAAAUUCCUUUGUCGGAGAGAUAACUGAUGUUAAUAUGUGGGAUCGUGUUCUAAACGCCAAUGAGAUUGAGUCGUUCAAUGACCGUUGUUACAGAGGUGGAGGGAACAUCAUUAACUGGGGAACUACAGCAUUUACAAAAGGGGGGGACUUCGUAAUUAAAGACAAUCAUGAUUGUCCACAUUAAAUGUUUUGGCUCCAAAAAGCAUUUAAAUGUGCAGAGGGGAACACAAUCUCCUCAAACUACUGUAGCUGAAUAUGACCUUGCAUUGCGAUCUUUCCUCUCUAAACCAGAUCAGUAGUAAAAGUAGUGAUGUUGAUUCCAGAAUAAAGGGCUGUUUAUGUCGGGGUAAGGGGCAACUCACUGUCCUUCCAGUUUCUCAUUACCAUCACUGACAGGGUAAUGGCUUCAAUUUCAGUACACAAGUCUCGGCCAUUCUCCAUCACACAUUGAAAGAGGGACGGGGAACGGGGAACCAUGGUGGAUGUCUACAUGGAUCAGCAGGGUGUAAAUCCCAGGGCACUGCCCCACACACUGACCCUUGAUUGAAGCCCAGGGACUGCUCAAAACCGACAAGUCCGUCCUCUUUAACCAGACUCCCCUCCUCGUCCAUUCUGCUGGAACCCUUCCUCAAAUCCCACUGGGAAUAGUUGGGCAUUCCAGUUAAAAGGUGCAGCAGUACAGAGCGGUGACCAGGGCAUUUGGUGCCAUCUCCCUGACACACACAUGUAGACAAGAAAGUGUCAGGGGCACGGGGGUGGUGGUGAUGGGCAGACACGGACUGUGGGAAAGUCCCUGUGGUGGAGGCUGAUCCUGACUUGAUUUAGAUUGUGCUGAUUGGAAUUAUUACUGUGUCUCUCUGUAUUACCCUCUUGAUUUCACAUUGUUUGUUACACCAAGGUUUGGAAAGCUCACAAUGUGUUCUGUGCUUCCAGUGAUUUGUGAUGAAACUAUAACUGCAGUUUCGUCAGCUUAAUAAACGAGCAGCAAAACGGAA